AUGAAUUUACGUGCCUAUGUAAGCAACUCCAUGGAACUCAACAAAUACUUCGAAACCAACGAACACUGCAAGGCUUCAGAAACUCAAAAAUUGCUUGGUCUCCAAUGGAACACCGUCCACGACACAAUCUUCAUUCGCCUUCCCGACCAACCAACGAGUGAUAUCAGAUGGACAAAACGAAAAGUACUGAAAUGUAUCGCCAGCAUCUACGAUCCACUGGGGCUACUUUCCUCAACGGUGUUGAUCGGAAAACUUUUCCUGCAAUCGCUGUGGAAAAUCGAACUUUCUUGGGACGAGUUAAUUCCCGCAGAAUAUGUUGCUAAUUGGAAACGCAUAACCUCUUCGUGCAACUCUCUGGGAUUAUGCGUACCUCGCCGAUUAUUCGAUGAGGAUGAAAAUAUAGAAGUCGAAUAUGACCUUCAUGUGUUCACUGACGCCUCAGCAGCUGUCUACUGUGCUUCGGCUUACAUCGUACGAAGACGAAUCAAUGGCUCUUCAUCAGCAUCUCUUAUCAUGUCGAAAUCCCGACUCGCACCGCUUAAUCACGCUAUCACUAUUCCACGGUUCGAGUUAGCCGCUAUGAUGAUUGGCUCAAAACUACUCACCUUCGUCGUACAAAACAUAGAGGUUCACGUGAGUCGAAACUUUUUAUGGACAGACAGCAGUGUGGCCUUGACAUGGAUAAGAUGCAACAAUGAUCUCCCAAUCUCCGUUAAAGACCGUGUUAAGGUCAUCCUGAAAAACAUGGUUGACGUCAAUGUGAGGCACAUUCCUGAAAGCCUCAACCCUGCAGACAUUGGCAGCCGCGGUGCCACAAGCCAAGAACUCCUUCAGUUGACAUCCUGGUGGAAAGGACCGGAUUUCCUAACAAGUGAUGAGGACAGUUGGCCAGGUGACUUAUUUCUUCAAAACCAACAUUAUGGAGACAAACCAGGCACUGCACGUGAUGAGUUACCACAAGACUCGGCUAAUUACUGCUUCCCAGCGCCAACUACGGAGACAACCGUACUGGAAGCCUCAAAGUUCAGUUCGUGGAAAAAGAUGGUCAACACGAUGGUCAACGUUCUACUUUCCAUAACGAAAAAAUGUCGCAGUGCCAGAAAAUACUUUGGCACCUUCAAAACCACUCAUAUCUGGAAAGCAGAAAUUAUA